GAAGUAACAGUAGGCUUUAACCCAUUGAACUACAAACUUGUAAUGCUUAAAUGACAUUGUAAUGCUAUUUACUUGUGGCAUGUAAGUUUCCAGGUUCUGAGCAUUUAAUCUCUCACAGCAGCAGCAGCAGCAGCAGCAGCACCAACAACAUUGCUUCCUGGAACAAACAUAUGGCAGGCUAAUUCUGAAGCCCUUGCCAACUAAGAGUAGGAGAAAAGCCACAAGAACUGUGCAUCUUCUUCCCUCCCUGAAACUUGUACCUAAAGAAGAACAAGAGGCAAGCAAUAAAUGAGAUGUGGGUUGGCAAGUAACCCAAACACACUUGCGUUUCUUUCUCCUGUUUCUCAUCUCCAUACCCAUGAUCAUGAUUCUGAUGAUGAUGAUGGAGGGAGGCCAAACUUAUGGGUUGAGUGAAAACUAAUCCUUCUCUGCCUCUCUCUCUCUCUCUCUCUCUCUCUCUUCACCUAGACAAGCAAUCCUCUGUUUGGCGCACAUUAUAAGUACAUCUUCAGAGCUCUCAUAGCACCGAAGUGAUUUUUCUUCUGUUCCUACUCCAAAAGCUACAAAUGAGCGAAGGAAAGCUUCUUUGGCUCCUCACUCUCACCGUCUUCUUCCACAGCCUCUCUCUCCAUGGCAAUUCAGAAGGCAGACUUGCUUCUCCAUCAAACUCUUGCUUCGUCGAUGAUGAUGAAGAGUGUGAUGCCACUAUACGUGGCUUCAAUGGAUCGAUCGUGGGGUUCCCUGGCUCACUCUUUAGACCUUUGCCUUCUCGCGGCGUCUUCAACGUGGAGGACUACGGCGCCAAAGGUGAUGGAACGGAUGACAGCCAGGCAUUUGGAGAGGCCUGGAGAGCAGCUUGCAACUCCUCUUCCUCGGCUGUUCUGCUGGUGCCGGAGAACAACAAGUACAUCCUAAAGCCAGUCGCCUUCUCCGGCCCCUGCAGAGCUCAUAUGACGGUCAUGAUCAAGGGAACACUCGAAGCUUCUUCGAACCGAUCGGACUGGAACGUAGACAACAUCAGGCACUGGAUCCUGUUCGACGGCAUUAGGAACCUUGUGGUACGAGGCGGCGGAACCGUCGACGGCAACGGACACGUUUGGUGGCAGCACUCCUGCAAGCGAAACACGUCUCUGCCUUGCAUUGAUGCGCCGACGGCCUUGUUCUUUAGUUCCUGCAAGAACUUGGUAGUCGAGGACCUCGUGGUGAAAGAUAGCCAGCAAAUGCAUGUUGCGUUCCGGAGAUGCACCAACGUGAAAGCUUCCAAGCUGACCAUCUCCGCCCCUGAAUCCAGUCCUAACACCGAUGGAAUUCAUGUCAGUGGCACCAAAAGCAUCCUCAUAAAAGAUACCAUCAUCGAAACAGGGGAUGACUGCAUAUCGAUCGUAUCGGGGUCGCGAAGAGUGAUCGCGACGAGAAUAGUGUGUGGACCAGGCCAUGGAAUCAGCAUUGGUAGUUUGGGAGCUAACAACACCAGGGCACACGUAUCCAAGGUGUUGGUGGACAAGGUCAUAUUGAAGGGCACCACAAAUGGUGUCAGGAUCAAGACAUGGCAGGGAGGGCAUGGUUAUGCCAAGCACAUCAUCUUCCAGAAUGUAUUCAUGCAUGAUGUCCAAAAUCCUAUAAUCAUCAACCAGAACUACUGUGACUCCAGAAUUCCUUGCCAUGAACAGAACUCGGCUGUGGCAGUGAGCCGUGUGCUUUAUAGGAAUAUUAAAGGAACGAGUGCUUCGGAGUUGGCCAUGGAAUUCGACUGUAGCAGAAGUCAUCCCUGUCGUCACAUAGUGUUGCAGGAGAUCGAGUUGGUGGGAGAAGGUGGAGGUCCUGCAGCAAGCUUAUGUAGGUAUUUCAAGUGGGAAGAGAUUGGGAAGAUCAUUCCUGCUCCAUGUGCCUGAAACAAGCAACAAGCAACAUCAACUUGACAUUCUAAUUUGGCUAACCUU